AUGGAGCUCAAGAAUGUCGAAGGUAGCUCAACGCCCGUUGUUGAGGCAGUACCUGUCCCAUAUACAGUCUUCGGGCAGAGUCAAAAGCGUCUGCUCAUUGCAUUGCUUGGCUUUGCUACCAUUACUUCUCCAUUGACGGCCACGAUCUACUUUCCUCUUCUCCCGUUGCUGAGAGAACAUUUCCACACGACCUCUCAGGCCAUUAACCUUACCCUCACAAUCUAUAUCAUCUUUCAGGCAAUCUCACCUGCGAUAUUCGGACCAUUGUCAGACUCCAUGGGCCGGAGACUGGCGUGUCUGUUUACACUGUCGCUGUACAUGGCAGCGAACCUGGGCUUAGCACUUAACAAGAAUCACUACGGGCUUCUGCUGGGGCUGAGAGCAAUACAGAGCCUCGGUGCAAGUGCCGCUUAUGCCAUCAGCUUUGGCGUUGUCGCUGACGUCUGUGUGCCUAGCGAAAGGGGGAGGAUGCUGGGACCGGUCAGCAUGGCGUUGAACCUGGGCGCUUGUAUUGGGCCAGUCGUAGGCGGAUGGGUUGCAUAUUCCAGUGGAAGUUUCGAAUGGAUAUUUUGGACCCUGGUUAUUGUUGGAGGUGUGUUGUUAUUGCUGGUUGGCAGCUUCUUGCCGGAGACGGCUCGAUCACUGGUAGGCAAUGGCGAAAAGGAAGCAAGUCUGCCAAUGUGGGAAUGGACCUGGCUCCGUGUCAUCAUGCGGCUCACCUCAUUCGAUCUACCGGUGAAACAUGCGAGACAUGCACCAGGGACCGACCAUGAGCUUUCGGGAGGAAGGUUAGAGAAAGAGAAUACGCCGGCCAAUCCAAAAUUACUCUCACGGCUCCAGGUCGGCAACCCGCUCACUUGCCUGCGGAUUAUUUUCCAUCUCGAUACCUUCUUCGUGCUCUGGAUGCACGGAUCAUUCUACACGGUGGAUUACUCGCUGGUCGCCGCUAUACCGGACAUAUACAAACAGAUCUAUCACUUCAACGAAUUGCAGAUUGGGCUGACGUACCUACCGCGUGGCGUUGGGAUCAUCGUUGGUGGUUACUGCAUUGGCAGAGUCAUGGAUUUCAACUAUAAAGCGACGGCAAAAAAGAUCAACUGGAACAUCAACAGUUUUUCAGGCGACGACUUGAGAGAGUUUCCAAUCGAACGAGCUCGAGCCCGCGGCAGCGGCUGGCUGUUGCUCGUUUCCACGUUCGGCCUCAUUGGAUACGGCUGGGCUGUACAUUAUCGUGUCCACGUAUCAGUCUUGCUGAUAUUGCAAUUCAUGCAAGGUUUCUGGGGCACAUGUUUCUACACGGUCUACAAUACGUUGCUGGUCGAUGUGUUUUCACAGAGUCCGAGCACGGCGGCGGCAGCUACAAGCAUCACGAGAUGCGCCAUGGCAGCCACAGGUGUGGCAGUCUUGCAGCCUCUGCUCGAAGCCGCAGGUAGAGGCUGGUAUUUCACCGUGUUGGGUUUAUGGAGCGGUAGUUUUGGCGGAGUGGCAUUGUGGUGUAUCAAGAACAAAGGGAUGGAUUGGAGAAAGCGGCGACUGGAUAAGCGGCCGGUGUCUAUUAUUUUGGGUGAGCAAGGCGAAUCAUCAACUUGCAGGCAGAACCAGCCGUAA